AGGAAUUCAAAGUCCAGAUUUUGUACACAUGUCUCCUCGAUUAAAUAGAUUUAUUCUGUAAUUUACGGUCUGAAUCAAAUUUAUAGUGGGUUGAAUGACCAAAAAUACAAAUGACUGACUAUAAGGAGGAGCAGGUCAAUGAAAUUGAAGCCCUAGAGUCAAUCUAUCCAGAUGAAUUAUCGGUACUGACGACAGAGCCUUGCCAUGUUUUCCAGCUGACAGUUGCGGCAGAGGAGGAGGAGGGAGAAGAUGAAGAAGAAGAAAAAGGUCAGCUGUCAGUCACUCUUAAAUUCACCUACACACCGACCUACCCUGAGGAAGCACCAAUCUUUGAGGUCAUAUUCGAUGAUGAUGACCUGGCCCAAGACUUUGAGCAGGAGAUUAGAGACCUAGUUCUGGCCCAGAUUGAAGAGAACCUGGGUAUGGCCAUGAUCUUUGCCAUUGUAUCAGCAUCACAGGAAUUCCUGAAUGAGAGAAUAGAUGACAUCAAGGCUGCCAAGGAAGAUAGGAAGAACAGGAUAGAAGAAGAGAAGAAGAGAGUCGAGGAGGAGGCGGCAAAUAAAUUAAAAGGAACCCUUGUCACAAUAGAGAGCUUUCUGGAAUGGAAAGACAUGUUUGAUAAGGAACAGAAGGGACUCCGAGGUAAACGACAGUUGGCAUCAGAAAACACAUCAGGAAAACUUACAGGAAAAGAGCUUUUCUUCCAGAAUGCAGCCUUGGACACAUCAGAUAUGGAUCUUUUGGAUGAAGGUGACCGAGUUGAAGUCGAUGAGUCUCUCUUUCAAGAUUUGGAUUUGGAACUUGACAUUGAUCUGGACGAUGAAGACUGAUGAACGCUUACAAUUAGUGUUGGCAUCACAGACUUCUAUUCUUGAAGAAGAUCAGGGCCAUGUCUUAUAAAGAUUUGAUAUUGAUCGCAACUUAUUUGCGAUUGAUAUCGAUUGCGACUAUGUACACACCAGAUAGGAGACUGUAAACUCGCAAUUGAUUGGAGGACUUGCGACUGAUUUGGAUCAAUCACAAUUCUUUAUAAGACAGGGCCCAGUUCAGAUAUGUGUCAAGAAAUAAACCAGACAUAAGAGACCUAUGAAUAGCGAAUCAUUGAACCUGAUAUGAAUGGCUAUGAAGGAUCCCAAGCAAGUAGCGAGAAUGGCUCGAGUUAUUAACCAGGCAUAAGAAACCUAUGGAUAGCAAAUCAUUGAACCUGGUAUGAACGGCUCUGAAGGAACCCAAGCAAUCAACAAGAAUACAGAGGAACUUUUCACUCCAACGUCAGCCACCUGUUGAUUUUCUUGUCAGUGGAAUCAUCUCAAAAUUGGAUGCGCACGUUCUUCUCACCAGAAUGGUGAUGAAGUGAAACCUGUGUAUGAAGACUGCUCGAGGGAGGCAAUAAACAUGAUCUUUACAGGAAGGUGGUCUUUAUGUACAGGUUCCGGUAGUACAGGUUUCAUCGAGAAACACAUUCAAGGGGAACCAAAAAAAGUGGUCUUUAAAGACAGGUGGUCAUAUUGUACGGGUGGUAUCCAAAGCAGGUUUCACUGUACAAUAGAACCAUCUUGCUUAUGGACUUCUACCAAUGUUAUGUCUUCAGUACAUUGUAAUGCAAGAGUCUGGACGUAGAAGAAUGAUGCAAUUCAUUUGCUGAUAAUACUUGGAUUAUGUGUGUUUAAGUCUUAAGCCCAAUUAUUAUUGCAUCUUACAUCUCCCAGGUAUAUGAAAUUAAGAUGGCAGGGUCAAAUCCUCUCCAAGUGAAACUAAAUCCGUGAUGAAAUAAGCUUGCUUCUGUCACAGAUGUUUACACUCUUUUUCAAAGCUUGUGUACUUUCUUGGCAAGAUCUAUUAUCAAACUUUGUCUGAUCAUUCUUUGAGUUUAGUUCAUGACAGCCAGUUAAAUAUGUCCAUUACUCAACCCAUUAUUCAUUUAAUGCAUUUCAUUUUUUUUUUUAAUUCCUCAUCUCUACGAGUCUUUGUUGCUUAAAACAUAUCCAAAGGAUAAAUGGCUGCAAAUUGUAUGUCUUUGUAAAGUUAUGUAAUAAGCAGAGAAGGUUUUUUUUUUAAUCACAUAACCAAGUUGUUGAAUACAGGCUGUUUUUGAUUUCUUUGUCCAAUUUUCAUGCAAUGGAGUGAAAAGGUUU